AUGAAACAAGUAGCCGGUAAAAUAAAAUUGGAACUGGCACAAUUCGCAGAAUUAGAAGCUUUUGCACAAUUUGCUUCUAAUCUCGAUAAAGCUACUCAUAAUCAAUUGGCAAGAGGUCAAUGCUUAUGUGAAUUGCUUAAACAAUCCCAAUCCGCCCCUCUCGUGGUAGAAGAACUAAUACUGACUAUUUAUACCGGAACAAACGCUUAUCUCGAUUCAUUAGAAAUUGGACAGUGCCGGAAGGUCAAGGAAGUUGGUGACCUGAUGACAGGGGAGCCGGCGACCGAAUCCCCGGUGAACGGCGACCAUAACUAUAACGGUACUAAGGUAACGAAAUUCCUUGUCGGCUUAGGUGGAAGGCGAAAAAGGCUUCCUUCCGGGGGGUCCGAGCCAUCAGUGAGAUACCACUCUGGAAGAGCUAGAAUUCUAACCUUGUUUCAGGACGUACGGGCUGUAACGCGUUGGGAUUAUUUAACUACUAUGUUCACAGAAGCAAUAAUUGUAAAUGCACCAGAGCAAUUAAGCAAUAUUCAAGUGCCUAAAAGGGCCAGUUAUAUCARAGUCAUUAUGUUGGAGUUAAGUCGGAUAGCUUCAAAUUUGUUAUGGCUCGGGCCUUUUAUGGCAGAUAUUGGGGCACAAACUCCUUUUUUCUAUAUUUUUCGAGAAAGAGAAUUGAUAUAUGACCUAUUCGAAGCUGCCACCGGUAUGCGAAUGAUGCACAAUUUCUUUCGUAUUGGAGGAGUCACUACUGAUUUACUAAUACUUGAACAAAUUUCUCUUUAUCGAGGAAUAGACGAAGCCGUACAGGGGUUUUGGCAGGGCUUUUGUAAUUCUAUGCUACCAGUGGGAAUCGCAAUUACAUCAAAAGCUUAUUACACGGAAUCCCAUUUUUUAGAAAGAGUUGAAGGAGUAGGCAUUAUUGGUGGAGAGGAGGCAAUAAAUUGGGUUUUGUCAGGAGCAAUGCUACGAGCUUCCGGAAUACAAUGGGAUCUUUGUAUGUCUUAA